AAAACCAGAAAAAUGCAUAAAACGAAAAGCGGUUGCAUAUAAAUUUCAUGAAAAAACGGUCACUUAGGAUCUGUUCCUUCCGAGUUCCGCCUUUAUACGCAAUACGAGUAGUGCCACGCUUCCUAUUAACCGUCAAAAGCUCUCUCUCUCUCUCUUACCUCUCAACAUUUCUUCUUCUUCUUCUUCUUCUCUGUAAAAGCCUAAGGCGUUAUGGCGACAAAAACAGUAAAAGUCAGUAAUGUCUCCUUAGGAGCAACUGAGCAAGAUAUAAAGGAGUUCUUUUCCUUUUCUGGAGACAUUGAUCAUGUUGAGAUGCAGAGCGAGAACGAGCGAUCUCAAGUUGCAUAUGUUACCUUCAGAGAUUCCAAAGGAGCAGAGACUGCAGUUCUUCUAUCGGGAGCAACAAUAGUGGAUCAGUAUGUCACCAUUGCUCUUGCUCCAGAGUACAAGCUGCCAGCUGCUGUUUCUUCUUCACUUCCAACAGCAACGGAGGGCACAAAUUUGGGUGGUUCAGAUUCAGCUGUCAAAAAGGCAGAGGAUGUUGUCAGUGGCAUGCUAGCCAAGGGCUUUAUUUUAGGAAAAGAUGCACUGAACAAAGCAAGGUCAUUCGAUGAGAGGCACCAGUUGACUUCAACUGCAGGAGCCAAAGUUGCUUCUUUGGACCAAAAGAUUGGUUUUACUGAGAAAAUUAGUGCUGGCACAACCAUGGUGAACGAUAAGGUGAAGGAAAUGGAUGAGAAGUAUCAGGUUUCUGAGAAGACAAAAUCUGCGUUUUCUGCUGCUGAGCAGUCGGUCAGUAAUGCUGGAUCUGCAAUCAUGAAAAACCGCUAUGUAUUGACUGGGGCAACAUGGGUUACUGGUGCUUUUAGCAGGGUUGCCAAGGCUGCUGGUGAAGUGGGGCAGAUGGCAAAGGAAAAGGUUCAAGCUGAAGAAGAACAUGGAAGUAACGAAGGAGGCAAUGCUCAGACCCCCAAAGAGUCCCAACCUUCAAAUGCAGCUCCUGCUACUACUACUACAACUACUACGGUGAAACCCUCCAAUUCUUCAGAGCCACAAGGAUUGAUCCUCUGAUGUGGUAAAGGCCUGUAUAUAUAUAUAUAUAUAUUCGCAUAUAUAGCGCUUGGUUAUUAUCAUUUAUCAGGAGCAGUAGUUUUACAAGGUGGAGAACGGAGUCAUACUUUUUCCCCAUUAGCUUCAAUGUAGUCAUUUAGAACGAUAUUUCGCGUUGGACAUGUUGUCCCAGAUGCUACUGUUAUUUCAGUAUUUACUUUAUCAUCAUA